AUGGCCAAGAAGCGCAAAGCAUCCGCGCAGAAUGCGCACACCGGUCCUAAGGAGCUCGACCGUGCUGAUGCCCGUCUUGGUCCCAUCACCACCUAUGAAGAUGUCGCCGAUUCCGAGGAUGAGUACUUCCUGAACCGGGAUAAGAUCAUGUUUGACGAAGGCCCAAAGUCCAAGAGGAGAAAGAGAGCCGAGGAGGAGGAAAAGUUUCUGGAUAACUCAGAAGAGGAGAUCCUAGACCUCGACAACGGCGACGAUUCCGACGAAGAAGACACCAGAAAAGCGCCCCGCAAAUCCAAAAAGGCAAAGGCUGGAGCCGAUUCCGAGGAAGAGGGAGAGGGAGAAGCAGACGAGGCUGAUCCAAGCUGGUGGGGUUCUUCUAAGAAGGAGUAUUACGAUGCCGACCAGAUCGAGACCGAGGCCGAUGCCCUCGAGGAAGAGGCCGAGGCCAAGCGCCUGCAGCAGAAGAAGCUGGCCAAGAUGUCCGAGGAGGAUUUCCUGUUCGACGAAGGCGAAUGGCUGGCCACGAAGCCCGACGACGCGGAAGACCAGGAAGUUGUCACCGAGGUCCUCAAGGAUAUCGAAGUCACAGACGACAUGGGCCCCGAAGAACGAACCAAGAUCCUUCAAAGCAGAUACCCCGAGUUUGAGCAUCUUGUCAACGAGUUCCAGGCCCUGCAACCGCAACUGGCUGUCCUACAAAAGGAAGCCCACGGCAAAUCUAGUCAAUCGCUGGAGGCCGUCAAGUACUGGAUCCUCGGCUGCUACGUCGCUGCUCUCGCCAGCUACUUUGCAAUUCUCACAUCACCGGCGCGGGACGACGCAACAACUCGCAAGACUCUGGAUCCCGCGGAGCUGCGUGAUCACGACGUCAUGGAGACACUUCUGGAGUGCCGUGAGGCAUGGCAACAAGUCAAGAGCGCAACACCGGUUCAACCCGACGAUUCCAUGGACGUCUCUUCUGCCGGGGAGGAGCCCUCUGCCGUGGACGACGUCGAUGAGGCUGCUUUUGCUGCGGCAAAGGAGGAGCUCAAGAGGCAGAGAAAGCUGGACAAGGCCGCCAAGGCGAAGAAUAAGCAGGCCCAGAAGCAGGCCCAGGCCAUCGAGGAAUCGCUCGCAGAUCUCGACGAUCUGCUCAAGCAGUCUAAGAAGAGCAGCAAGAAGGAGAAAGUUGCUGUCAAGGCCGCCGAAGACGGAGACAACUCCGAUUUUGGCGAAGAGGAGGUUCUCGACGCCCGGACAGCCGCUGACAAGGCUGCCCGCAAGAAGAGUCUGCGCUUCUAUACCUCGCAGAUUGUCCAGAAGGCCAACAAGCGCGCCGAUGCAGGCCGCGACGCCGGCGGAGACUUGGAUAUCCCAUACCGUGAGCGUCUCAGGGACCGCCAGGCGCGCCUCAACCGCGAGGCCGAGCGACGUGGUCAGAAGUUCGGUGCCGACCUCGGCGACGACGAUGGCAGCGACGGCGAUGACUCCCGGACGGCGGCUGGCGUGCGCGAAGAUGGGGACGACGAAUACUACGACAUGGUCGCCGCAUCCUCCAAGAAGAAGAAGGCAGAGAAGGCGGCGCUGUACGACGCCCUUGCUGCGGCCAGCAAGGCCGACCGUGUCGUGGAGCAGGAGGUUGUCGGCGAGGACGGCAAACGCAAGAUCACGUACGCCAUCGAGAAGAACAAGGGCCUGACGCCAAAGCGUAAGAAGGAGGUGCGCAACCCGCGUGUCAAGAAGAGGAUGAAGUACGAGGAGAAGCAGAAGAAGUUGAGGAGCAUGAUGCCCACCUGGAAAGGAGGUGAGCCAAAGGGCGGAUAUGGUGGUGAGCUGUCUGGUAUUACGACGGGCAUUGUUAGAGCGAGGAAACUGUAG